CUCUCAUCAUCGUCGCUAGCGACGUACUCAACAGCGAUUGAAGCAGUAGGCCAUUGACCGUCAUAUCUCUUCUUGGUCGCAGAAAGUGAACUCAACCCCUCGCUCUUAUACCAAUCGGAACGAACGAAGGCACGAAUACCCUCACGCUUUGGAAUCUACUAAUAUCAAGAACAACAACCGUAUACCAACCCUCGAUAAACACACAUAAUGGGCGCAGGAGAUACCGCUGUUCGACGGGGCCACCACAUCACCUUCGGCGCCAUCGUUCUCUUCUCCAUCAUCGAGCUAUCCCUAUCAGCAUGGUUAACAGCCCAAUACUCCAUCCACCACAACUACACCCGGAUCUCCGUCCGCGAUAGGGUCCGCUUCAUCCUAUUCUGCGCGACGUGGACUGUAUCGUUUGGGUCUAUGUUGAUGAUCCUUUUCUAUCACGCGGCGACGGGUGUUUUGACGAGUGUUGGUGCGCAUUUGCUUUUUUUGGGACUGACGUGGCUUUUGUGGACCGCCGGCGCCGCUGCUAUCACGCAGACUUUGGGUGGGGGGUUGAACUGCAAAACACAAGACCUGUUUGUGUAUUGCACACAUCUCAAUGCUCUUGAAGGAUUUGCUUGGCUUAUCUGGAUCUUAGUCACAUUCGCGAUAAUCGCAGUCCUCAUCCGCGGUAUCGCGUCUGCACGCAGAGGAGACGGCUACGCCGGCGGGCUCGUCUCCGUCUAGUUCUCCCUCCUUCAUACCCAUCGUAUUGGUUUUACAAAAGUCACUCAAGGGUCGGUUACCCAUCUCGCUUGCUUGUGCUCAUACAUGUCAUGUCCCCAUACCUGUUGUUUGUUGAUUUACGUUAUCAUGCUGUUGUUACGAUUUUACCAUUAGUACCUACGAUGAUUGUUAUGUUAGGUAGUCGAGGAAUUGAACUGCUUGGAUGGUGUUUGU